GACUGGGGUCAGAACUGGCAGAGACGUGCCAGCCAGACGGAGAAGCACCAACAGGUUCCGUCUAGAUGCCCUGCCCUCGGCCGCCGUGGCUCCCCCGCCCCCGGACCCCUCAGGGCUCAAGCCCCAGCUCCCCGAGCUCACUCUCCGCGACCCGCUCCCCCAGCAGGGAGGGGGGCGAAGACGACGACGGCGAGGAGGAAGAAGGGGACAGCAGCCCAGUCUUGGGCCCCAUCCUGCCCUCCGCGUCCCCAGUGGAGUGUCUCAUUUGCGUGUCUCCCUUCGACGGGGUGUUCAAGUUGCCUAAGCGCCUGGAUUGCGGCCACGUCUUCUGCCUCGAGUGCCUGGCUCGCCUGUCCCUGGCCACGGCGGGGGGCGGCGACGCGGUGGCCUGUCCUGUGUGCCGCGCGCCCACGCGCCUGGCUCCGCGUCGAGGGCUGCCCGCGCUGCCCACGCAGCCAGGCCUGCUGCCCCGCGAUGCGCACGUGGCGCCGCCGCGCCAGGGCUCCGUGCGCUUUGACCGCCGCCGCGGCCUGCUCUACCUGCGCCCGCCGCCGCCCCCGCCUGGGCCGCGCAAGUUCCGCGCGGCGCGCCCGCCGCCGCCCCCGCCGCCGCUGCGCCUCGGCCGCCCACUGUCUCGCCGCCUCUCCUGGACCAGCCCGGCCUGGGCCUUCAACGCGGCCGUGGCGCUGGCGGUGCUGGUGGCGGCGGGCCUCGUCGUCUCUGGCGUCUACAUCUUCUUCCUCAUCCCGCACGCCACCUCCUCUGGUCCCGCACGGCCCCAGCUCGUGGCGCUCGCCCCGGCGUCCGGGUUCUCCUGGUUCCCGCCACAGCCCGCAUCGGGGACACCCUGGACCCCUGCCUGGACACCGCGCCCUGUGGGCCCCGACCAGGACACUGCCCUGCCCGGGGCUGCGGAAGACGUGCUGGAGCCUGAGGGGGUCUCCGAGGACACAGCCGAGGUCGAAGGAACUCUGGACAGGCCCCCGGAUGGCCUGUGGGGGGCAGAGGGUGAACCCGGCAGGGCCCCACGGGGCUGGAGCAGGAGGAGGGUGUGGGGGCCACAGUAAACGCAUCUGUGCUGCAGGUCCUGUCUCCAGGCCUGGGGACCUCCCUGUAGUCCUGGUGGGGCCCUACCAGGAUCACUUGCCAUGAUCCUAGAGGAGGCCUCAGCAGGGUGCAUUGAAAGCGCUCACUUCUAUGAGGGAGGCCUAGAGGGAACAUUCCAGGCAUCAUCACCACGGAGCAGGGACCCUCCCAAGGAGCACCCCUGCCUUCAUUCCCACAAGGGCCCUCUGGGAGCACCCAUGACCCCAAUCAAUAUGGGCAUCCAGCUGAGGCAACCCUGACCCCCAUCUUUGAAAAGGUCCUGCUGGGAGGCACUCCUAAACCAGGUCUCCACGAGGGUCCAGUUGGGAGUACCCUUGAUACUCAUCUCAGGGACUCCAGCUGGGGUGCCCCUCUGACCAACGUCCAACAUCCUGCAGGUACCCUGCUAGAGGCACCAUCAGGCCCUACAGAGUCCUACUGAGUGCACCCCCAGUCAUCAUCAGGCCCAUAGGGGAGCAUCCUCAGCUAGCAACUAGGGCUGAAGGCUCUGAUUUACUCAUCUGAUUUACUCUGAGCUCACCACAGGUCCUGUCUUUGGUGGCAAAGCCGCUACUGCUGCUGGUCUCUAGUGAUAUCUCACUGCCUGGCCUACUGCAGUCCCCACCCCUGCCAAGGCUGUGGAGUUCUUUUCCACUCUGCUGCAUGCAGAUUUGGUCUGGGUGGGAUCCAGCUGUUUCCAUGCUGGUCCUGGGUUGUCUCUCUGCACUCGUGGCUGGGGCUUGGGCUUGGAGGGACAGGGGUGGCCUAGCCAGGGCUGAGGAGGGACACAUAGGGUCUAAGCCUCAAAGUAGCCUCUACUACUGCCUUGGCCCACAGCUUCUGGGAUCCUCCCAGAAAUGCUGUGGGGCAGUUGUGGUCACCAAGGCUCAAAGACGCCAAGAUUGCCCUCUGGGUCAGUGCCACAUGAUUUGGGGAGUGGGUGCUCCUGGGCUGCUAGGAGACAUGCUGGCCUGUCUUCCUAGAUGCUGGAACCCGCGUCACUCCCAUUUCCACUCAUUAAUUUCUUAGGGUCCGUUAUUGCACCUCCUCUUCCCAUCAACCUUUUUGGCACCCUUAUUGUUCCCCUAGGUGAAGCCUCAGCCCUGGGCAGCAGCCUACAGGGAGGGCGGUUCUUGGGCUCCUAUCCUCCUCUCAGAAGCCUUCCUGGGUUAGUCAUUACAAGGUAGAUAGCUGUCAUCCUCAACACAAACUGAACAGUUCUGUUUCCCCCCAGGCUCUGGAGCCCACAUCCUGUCUCACUUCAUCCAAAGUCAGAGUUCUGUGCAUAGUGGGUAGGAAUCCAGCAUUUUCCAGAGAUAAAGAUUACUUCCAUGGG